AUGGAGGUGAGCACCGAGUCCCCAACUCCUGCCUCACCCUCUGGAGGAGAUGAUCUGUGUGAGACGGAUGUCACAGUGGCUACCCACAGUGCUACACUGCCCAUCUGCCUCUGUGGGCUGGCUGGGAACAGGGAUGUCAUCAGCCUGUUAAGCCACAACUAUGGUGUCUUUGACCUGGCUGUCACUGACUUCCUCUUCCUCCUCUUUGUUGUCCCCUCCACCCUCCUCAUCCUGGUGGAGGACGUAGCCUGCUCUCCUAUCAUGACCCUGCUGUACCUGAGUUUCCUUUUCCACAUGUCAGUGGUCUCCUACUACUGGGGGCUCUUCUGGCUGAUAGCUGGCAGCAAUGUGCAGUAUGUGUACAAGCUCUGCUGGCUCUGCUGCCGUUGGAAGCUACCUGAGCACCUGAGGUGUGUGGUGGCAAGUGUCCAAUACUGGGCCUUCUUUGCUCUCUUUGCUGUCAUUCCUGCAGUGACAUUCCUGUGCCCAUCACAUGGGCAAGAGCGCUGUCGGGCAGCUCUCAUCUCCAUGUAUGUCAUCAUCCUGCCCCUUUUUGUUGCACCCAUGGUCAUUUCCAGCACAGUUGAUUUCAAUAAGGCCAAGUGGGGCUCCCAGCAGAAGCAGCCCAAGAGGCGCGACAUUGUUACCUUCCUCAUUGUGCUCUUCAUGUUCCUCCUCAGCAUCUGGAAUUGCCUGCAGUACCUCGGCUACACCAUUGUGUCCUCCCAGGCUGUUUUCCUGCUCGCCUGCAUCCACAGCACCAUCAAACCCUUCAUCUACUUCCUGGUGGGGAGGUGCUGGAGGCCCUGCUCUGUGGGGUCCCUCCGGCUCUCCCUCCAGAGGGUCUUUGAGGAGACAGACACAUCCCACAGCCAUGAUCCUGCCAUGCACAUAGUGCUCUGA